AGUCCAAGCACCAGACUUCAAAGGAAACUGUCUGCUCUGCACAGAGUAGCUAUAAGUAGUAUAAGAGUGUAUAAGAGGCGAGCAUAAUUUCAAAUAUACAUGUUUCUUGUGACAAAAUCAAUUGUGUAAAAUAUUAUUUUGUUUUUUAAUGUAAUAAAACCGCAAUAACAACCGAAUCUGCGUGUAAAGGUACCGACAAGCACAAACGCAAGCUGCAAAAGCUGUGCGCCAAAUCAAUUUACGGCGCACAACGUAACGCGAAAAUCGAUUUCAGUUUUCGACUGCUGUUGCCAGCAGCUGCUGCUGUAUGAACUCAAUUAAUGUACAAUUGUACAAUUAAUUUCAUUCCACCUCCAAACAGCAAGUGCAAAAUGCACUCACACACGGCCUCAGUGAGGAGGCCACUGGCGGAUCGCUGCUGGUGGCAAAGCUCGCUGCGGCUGCUCACGGUCUGUGCCCUCAUCGCUGGCUGCAGUGCGGCCGACACGGACAUAACGCUCGAUGCGAAAGCGACGCUCAAUCAUCGCAUUCAAAGUCUCGAUUUGCUGGUAUUUGUAUUCCUGCUGGCCCUAACGGUGCUGACCAUUUGGCUAUUCAAACAUCAUCGCGUUUCCUGGCUGCAUGAGACCGGAUUGGCUGUUAUUUAUGGUUUAAUUGUUGGUGCCAUCAUACGAUAUGCUGGCACAAAUACCACCCUGGUGCACAUGCAGGUGGAGCCGCAGGGUAUACCCACGUAUAAUGCCAAAUUGCCACCGGACACACUCUGGUUUAAGUAUCCGGUUAAUCAGACAAACGCCACAAAGCUGCCCGAGGGUGUGAAGACAUACGCGUACGUGUUUCGUGGACAGGUCUACGAUAUCGAGGAGAAUGAAAUUGAUUUGAAGGCCACAUUCGAUCCGGAGGUCUUUUUCAAUAUCAUAUUACCGCCCAUUAUAUUUUAUGCUGGCUACAGCUUAAAAAAGAAAUACUUUUUCCGCAAUUUGGGCGCCAUUCUGACUUUUGCCAUUGUGGGCACUACCUUGUCGGCGUUCCUCAUCGGUGGCGUGAUGUACGGCUGUGUUAAGCUGAUGCCAAAUUACUUGAGCAGCAGUUUCACAUUUCUGGAUACGCUGUAUUUUGGGGCGCUGAUAUCGCCCACAGAUCCGCUCACCAUACUGGCCAUAUUCCAUGAUCUGCACGUCGAUGUUAAUCUCUAUGCGCUCGUAUUUGGCGAAUCUGUGUUAAACGAUGCCGUUGCCAUUGUCUUAAGCGGUGCAAUACAAAACUACGGCGAGCAUUAUUCGAAUAGUGGAGAAUUUGAGACGACGGCGUUUCUCCGCUCGCUGAGCGACUUUUUCUGUAUCUUCUUCUUGUCGCUGCUGAUUGGCGCCGUCAUGGGCUGUUUUACAGCAUUGUUGACCAAGUUUACGCGCGUUCGUGACUUUCCGCUGCUGGAGUCGGCGCUGUUUGUGCUCAUGAGCUACAGCACGUUUCUGCUGGCCGAGGCCACGGAGUUGACCGGCGUGGUGGCCGUAUUGUUUUGUGGCAUCUGCCAGGCUCACUACACCUACAACAAUUUGUCCGAGGACUCGCGGCAGCGCACCAAACAGAUCUUUGAGCUGCUCAACUUUCUGGCCGAGAACUUUAUAUUCUCGUACAUUGGCGUCUCGAUGUUUACAUUUCCCAAACAUCAUUUCGAUGCUGGCUUCAUAAUAACCGCAUUUAUUUGCGCCGCUCUGGGACGUGCUGUUAAUGUCUAUCCUUUGUCCUGGCUGCUGAACAUUAAACGCAAACCAAAAAUCUCAUCUAAUUUCCAGCACAUGCUUUUCUUUGCUGGUCUACGUGGCGCCAUGUCCUUUGCCUUGGCCAUUCGAAAUACUGUGUCCGAUGCGCGCCAGACCAUGUUGACAGCCACAUCGCUGAUUGUCAUCUUUACGGUCAUUAUUCAGGGCGGUGCGGCUAACUUUUUUCUCAACUGGUUGAAAAUACCCGUUGGCGUCGAUGAUGAGACUGAACAAUUGAAUAACUAUCAGGUUCACAGUUCUGAUGGCUAUUUGCAGGACGUGGAAGGUGGCGGCGCCGGCGCCGGCGGUGGGCGUGGCAAGACACGCCUUUCAAGUGGCGCCGACUCGAAUCUGGAUACGCCGCUGGACGGCAAUGCGGCGACUGCAACAAUAGCAGCAGGCGGACGGCGACGCAACAGCCAUGAGAAGGCGAUUCUGGCGCGGAUUUGGGGCAACUUUGACACCAAAUAUAUGAAGCCGCUGCUGACGCACUCCAGGCCCACGCUGCUGGAGACGCUGCCGGUUUGUUGUAAUCCCAUUGCCAGACUGCUGACCACCACGCAGCAGCUGACGCAGGAUGGCAGCGAGUUUCGACGAGUCGACUCCGACUCGGAUAUCUGCAUUGACAACGAUACUGGCAAUGGGCUCAGCCAGGAUAGCCUCGGCGGAGGGCGUCGCAACUCGAUAAAUCGUGUAAGUAUUCGGUACAUGGGCGAUACUCAGAACCUACUUGCUAGCUACAGAAAUGUUGAAUGAAGCACCAAACCAAAGACUAAUACCAUGUAGAAAGAGCAACUAACCAAACCAAUAACAAAACAAAAACCGAAGAACAACAAUAUCUAACUAGAUAUUUUGGCCAAGUAGACGCAUUGUUAUAAGCGAGAUUUAUAUCAAAACUUAUACUACCAACUGCAACAAUUACUUACUAUGCAUAAAAAUAUAUACAUAUAUAUAUUUAUAUAUAUGUAUGUAUUGCUUAUGUAGCAUAACAAAAUUGUGAUUCGUUAACUUUUUAAUUAUAAUGAUUUAACUGUUAAUUUUGUACAAACAACCAAACAAGAAACGUUUUAAAAACACAA